UGCAAAUAGCAAAAAGUUUUCAUGCUCAGAGAAGUUACCCCUGCUGCUAGAGUUACGACGAGGUCACUUACUUUCUCUGCAGCAUCCCAGUCCAGAAAAACUAAAUUCUAAAAUGGAAUCGAGAGGCAGUGUGAAGCCAUUUGUCCACUUCAAUGCUAAGCAGGAUGCAGAGUUGCUCUACAAGGCAAUGAAAGGACUUGGAACGGAUGAAGACACCAUCCUGAUGCUCCUGACUUCGCGCUCCAAUGACCAGAGGCAGGAAAUCAAGGCGGCGUACAAGAAAUCCCACGGCAAGGACCUUGUUAAAGAUUUAAAGUCUGAGCUGGGUGGAAAGUUGGAGGAUCUCAUCCUGGCUUUAAUGGCCCCUCCGGCUUCCUACGACGCUAACGAGCUACACAAAGCCAUAAAGGGAGCAGGAACGGAGGAUAAGGUCCUGAUUGAGAUCUUGGCCUCCAGAACGCCAGAGGAGAUGAGGGAAAUCAUCAAGGCAUACAAAAAAGACCACGGCAGCAAGCUGGAGAAGGACAUCAUGGACGACACGUCUGGCCACUACCAGAGGAUGCUCGUGAUUCUCCUCCAGGCGACGAGGGAGGAAGGUGUGGAUGAGGCGGCAGUGGAGAAGGACGCACAGGAUCUGUACUCUGCGGGAGAGAAAAAGGUUGGCACAGACGAGGACAAGUUUGUCAACAUCCUCGGCAACCGGAGCAUCGAGCACCUGCGUAAAGUGUUUGAAGCGUACAAGAAGGUCGCUGGGCAUGACAUUGAGGACAGCAUCAAGAGAGAGUGUACAGGGAACCUGGAGAAGGUGUUGCUGGCUGUGGCGAAAUGUGUCAAAAGCGUUCCAGCCUACUUCGCUGAAAGCCUCGGUGACAGCAUGAGUGCGAGUGUGCACUCUCUCGGUCGUAGGAUCCUGGAUUUUCUGCUGCGCAGGAAACAAGUGGGUAUGGGCACAGAUGACGAGACCCUGAUCCGGAUCAUGGUGUCCAGGAGUGAGGUGGACAUGCUGGACAUCCGAGCCCACUUCCAGCGCAAGUAUCGGAAGUCCCUCCACACCACCAUACUGGAGGAUACGGCAGGGGACUACCAGAAGUCAUUGCUCUACCUUUGUGGAGGAACUGACUGAUGACAUGACCUUUGGGUAAAGGUUUGGUCAGUUGGAAGAGAUUCAUUCUGAGCUCACUUUCUGUCUGUCAUUCCAGAUCUUCAAAAAUCUCAACUGUUAUUGUUCGGUUGCUCUCAUGAGACAGUAUUUCAUAAGAAAACUUUCUCGGAGGCCCUACUGUUUUGACAAUAUAUCAUAACAUUAAUGUAUAAGCAUUAGUGCAUAUUCAAUUUCCAUCAAGUAAUUUUACAGUGAAAUGAUAGCACGUUGUGUUGAAAUCUUGAGUAAACAAAAGCUUUUAAAAACUCUGUAUGUAUCAUAUUCCAUAUAACUUCAUAUCCAUUCCGUAUUUAUCCAGUAUGUCACAAAUAUGAAAAAAAAAAAAAAAACCUGUAGGAAUUAUAAUUGUGAAAAACCUCUCAAUUAAUAAAUACUUGGAUUGCACUCAA